UAGUCUCCGUUACAACAACAAAUACACAACAAAAGCAAUUUAAGCUCUCACUACACUAAGCACUUUAGAUCUAUACGAUCUGAAUACUCAAUUAGUUUAAAAUCUAUCAAAAUGCAAGCCUCUGUGUUCAUUCUCACUGUGAUAUUCGUUAUAAUAGCCAACAAUGCGCCUCAGAUAAAUGCUCUACUUCGGCGCUGCUAUCAAUGCCGCUCCCGUGGAGAGCUGGGCAGCUGUAAGGAUCCAUUCAGCUUUAACGCUACCGACGUGGACAGGGAGCCAGGCCUAUCCGCCAUACCAUGUGCCAGCGGCUGGUGUGGCAAAGUGAUCGAGGGCGGUGGUACCUAUGCGCUCGAUGACUACGAUCUGGCCACACAGCGCAUGUGCGUGCAGCGCGGACCCGACGACAAUAUGGAUCGGUGCGCGGACACGAUCUACAAUUAUAAGAAAGUCUUUAUGUGCUUCUGCCAGGGUGAUCUGUGCAAUGGCAGCAGCGGCCGUUGGCGGCAGCCGCUUCCGAUGCUGUCUUUGGCCAUAUUGGCAUACACAAUUCUGAAUAGAAUGUAUAUGUAAUUUUUAUGUUUAGCAUUGUUUUAACGAACAUGGCAAUUAAAUUGAUCAACCGUUCCGAUACGAAUUCAACCCGUAAAUCGUGGGCUAUAUAAAAUAA